CUGGCGCGGCGCAGACGCAAGGCGGGGCGGUCUCCAAGGCAACCGGAUUCAACAGUUCGAGCCCCGCGGGCGUCCGGAGGCCUCCCGGCGCCCACCCGAAGGCAUGUGCGCGGCGGAGGUGGACCACCACGUAGCCCAGCGAUACCUGCUCAAGAGGCGGCUGGGGAAAGGGGCCUAUGGCAUCGUGUGGAAGGCAGUGGAUAGGAGGACUGGCGAGGUCGUGGCCAUCAAGAAAAUCUUUGAUGCCUUUAGAGAUAAGACGGAUGCCCAGAGAACGUUCCGGGAAAUCACGCUGCUCCAGGAACUUGGGGACCAUCCCAACAUCAUCCGCCUCCUGGAUGUGAUCCGGGCGGAGAAUGACAGGGACAUUUACCUCGUGUUUGAGUCUAUGGACACAGAUCUGAACGCCGUCAUCUGUAAGGGCAGGCUGCUGAAGGACACCCACAAACGCUACAUCAUCUACCAGCUCCUGCGGGCCACCAAGUUCAUCCACUCGGGACAUGUCAUCCACCGGGACCAGAAGCCGUCCAACGUUCUCCUGGACUCCAGCUGCUUGGUGAAGCUCUGCGACUUUGGUCUCGCCCGCUCCCUUGGUGACCUCCCUGAGGGGCCUGAGGGCCAGGCCCUGACAGAUUACGUGGCCACGCGCUGGUACCGGGCUCCUGAGGUGCUGCUGUCCUCCAGCUGGGUCCCCUCCCCAUGCGUGCACCCUGUCCUGCCCCAGGUACACCCCCGGGGUGGACAUGUGGAGUCUGGGCUGCAUCCUGGGAGAGAUGCUGCGGGGAAGGCCCCUGUUCCCAGGCACGUCCACACUGCACCAGCUGGAGCUCAUCCUGGAGACCAUCCCGCCGCCAUCCAAGGAGGGCCCUCCCGGUCCCACCCCAUGUUCCGUCCACCCACCUGCAGACCUCCUGGCUCUUGGCUCAAGCUACAGUGCCUCGAUCCUGCCCUGCCUACGGGCCUGCCUGCACCUGGAGAGGGGACAGUAGCGGGCGCCCGCAGGCCACGGCAGCCGCUGGACACCCUCCUGCCGCCAGACACACCCCCGGAGGCCUUGGAUCUCCUCAGGGGCCUCCUGGUAUUUGCCCCGGACAAGCGGCUCAGCGCAGCCCAGGCACUGCAGCACCCCUACGUGCAGAGGUUCCACUGCCCGGCCCGUGAGUGGACCCUGGAUUCGGCUGUGCGGCUCCCAGUGCUCGAAGGAGUUCAGCUCUCAGCCCCCGAGUAUCGCAGCCGCGUCUAUCAGAUGAUCCUGGAGCGCAGGGCCAACAGCCGGGUCCCCAGAGAGAAGGGCGUGGGGGGCACACCCCCGGGCGCAGAGCCCGGCGCCCCCCCGCCCCAGGCGCACCUGCUCAGAGCCAGCGCCGCCCCUCCGCCCGCCCCGGGCUCUUCCACGCGGAACCCCGGACGCAGACCUCAGAGCGGCCCGACUCAGCGGCCCGCGCCGGACGUUGCCUGCGGAGCCAAGAGCCUUCCGCGGCAGAACUCGGCCCCCCUGCUCCAGCCUCCGCCCCCACGAGGUGAAGCCCAGUGGCAAGGGGACGGCGCCCUCCUUCGCCAGGCAGGCCGCCGCCCAGGUGGCCAUCCAGGCCCUAGUCCGGAGCGACUGGAACCCGGGCCGAGAGCUGCGCGCCAGCGGUGCGCGACGGGUGAGCUCCCGGGCCGCGCGUCCUUCCCGCCCCCUUCGCCCGGGUCGGGACCCUCCCCUCCCUCUGGUCCCGCCCCUCACGCCGCCCCUGCACCGCGUGCAGGUCCCUCGCGGGCUUCCCGCGGACGGCCGGCCCGAGCCCCGGCCCGGCCGGAGGAUGUUCAGCGCCUCGGCCUCGCAGGGGGUCCAGGGCGCCGCAAGGGCUGCGCUCGGGGGCUACUCUCAAGCGUACGGUACCGUCUGCCGCUCGGCACUGGGCCGCCUGCCGCUGCUCCCGGGUCCCCGCGCCUAAGCCGCCCCACCGGCCUUCAGACCGGCUCUUCUGCUCAGCCCGUGCCCCUUACCCAGUUCCCUGCCCCUCUCCCAGCCCGAUUUACCCCCCAGUCCCCCACGCUCUCCAACCCCCUUUUACCGGCUCACCUUUUUGCCUGGCCACAUCCUCGAGAUCCAGGGGGCUUGUCCAGGCCUCCCCGCGGCGGGUGGGUGAGGUUCCCACCCAUCGCCAAUCACACCCUCCAAUAAAUUCAUGUCCGUCCCCA